AUCUGUACUGACACACAGAGGAGGAUGUCUGCGUCUGUGAACAAUCCCUUUCAACGUAUAGUUGAGCCUCUGGACCCCACGGACCCAAAGAAGCAGUUUUACAAUCUUUCCAAACUCGGAGAUCCACGAUACGACCGUCUGCCCUUCUCCAUCCGGGUCCUCCUGGAGUCCGCCGUCAGGAACUGUGAUGAGUUUCUGGUGAAGCGCUCCGAUGUGGAAAGCAUCCUCAACUGGAAGCAGACCCAGACCCAGACUGUGGAGGUGCCGUUCAGACCAGCUCGGGUCAUCCUCCAGGACUUCACGGGUGUCCCUGCCGUGGUGGACUUUGCUGCCAUGCGUGAUGCGGUGAUGAAACUAGGCGGUGACCCAGAGAAGAUCAACCCUGUUUGCCCUGCUGAUCUCGUCAUCGAUCACUCCAUCCAAGUGGACUUUAACAGGAAGUCUGAUAGCCUUCAGAAAAACCAGGACUUGGAGUUUGAUCGCAACAGAGAGAGAUUCCAGUUCUUAAAGUGGGGCUCUAAAGCCUUCAGGAACAUGCGGAUCAUACCUCCUGGUUCGGGGAUUGUUCACCAGGUCAACCUGGAGUACUUGGCUAGAGUGGUGUUUAACUAUGAGGGGUACUUCUACCCCGAUAGCCUGGUGGGCACCGACUCCCACACCACAAUGAUUGAUGGGCUGGGAGUCCUGGGCUGGGGUGUGGGUGGAAUUGAGGCAGAGGCGGUCAUGCUGGGUCAGCCAAUAAGCAUGGUCCUGCCUGAGGUGGUGGGAUACAAGCUGUCCGGGACCCCAGACAAGUUCAUUACCUCCACUGACAUUGUCCUCACACUUACCAAGCACCUCCGUCAGGUGGGUGUCGUCGGGAAGUUUGUGGAGUUUUUUGGCCCAGGUGUUGCUCAGCUGUCCAUCGCCGACAGAGCCACCAUCGCCAACAUGUGUCCCGAGUACGGAGCCACAGCAGCCUUCUUCCCCGUGGACCACGUCAGCAUUCAGUACCUCAAGCAGACCGGCAGAGAUGCAGAACAGCUGGCCUACAUUACAAAGUACCUGAAGGCAGUGGCCAUGUUCAGAGACUACAACGACGUCUCUCAGGAUCCAGAUUACACUCGGGUUGUAGAGCUGGAUCUGAGCACCGUGGUUCCAUGCUGUAGCGGCCCCAAAAGACCUCAGGACAGAAUUUCUGUGUCUGACAUGAAAACCGACUUUGAAACCUGCCUGGGAGCAAAGCAAGGCUUCAAGGGUUUCCAGGUGGCUCCGGAGCAUCACAGCACUGCGGUCCCCUUCCACUUUGAUGGAAAAGAGUACACGUUAAGCCACGGCUCUGUGGUCAUCGCUGCCAUCACCAGCUGCACCAACACAAGCAACCCAUCCGUCAUGCUUGGAGCCGGGCUCCUGGCGAAAAAAGCAAUAGAGUGUGGCUUGAGCGUGAAGCCGUACAUAAAGACCAGCCUGUCACCAGGCAGCGGCGUGGUCACCACCUACCUGAAGGAGAGCGGUGUUAUGGACUACCUUUUUCAGCUGGGCUUUGAGGUGGUCGGCUAUGGUUGCAUGACGUGUAUAGGCAACAGUGGACCACUCCCCGAGCCGGUGGUGAACGCCAUAACCCAGGGAGACCUGGUGGCUGCAGGUGUCUUAUCAGGAAACCGGAACUUUGAAGGGCGAGUCCACCCCAACACCAGAGCCAACUACCUGGCUUCUCCACCGCUAGUCAUCGCCUACGCUAUAGCCGGCACUGUGAGGAUAGACUUUGAGAAAGAACCCAUUGCCGUUAACUCUGAAGGCAAAGACAUUUUCCUGAGGGAUAUCUGGCCCACACGGGAGGAGAUCCAGGCUGUGGAGAGAACUUUUGUCAUCCCGUCCAUGUUCAAAGAAGUCUAUGAGAAGAUAGAGAAAGUGAACGAACGCUGGAACUCUCUGGUGGCUCCCUCUGACAAGCUGUAUACCUGGGACCCCAAAUCCACCUACAUCAAGUCACCGCCGUUCUUCGACGGUUUGGCCAUGGAGCUGAAGCCACCCAAAUCCAUACAUGAUGCAUACGUGCUGCUCAACCUCGGAGACUCUGUCACCACGGACCACAUUUCUCCUGCCGGGAACAUUGCCAGGAACAGCUCCGCAGCACGCUACCUGACCAACAGGGGUUUGAGUCCCCGUGACUACAACUCGUACGGCUCGCGUCGUGGUAACGACGAUGUCAUGGCCAGAGGUACGUUCGCCAACAUCCGCCUCUUUAACAAGUUCCUCAACAAGCAGGCGCCACAUACCAUCCACCUGCCAACUGGAGAAACGCUGGAUGUGUUUGAUGCUGCAGAGAGAUAUCGGCAGUCCGGCGUCCCUCUGCUGGUUCUCGCAGGGAAGGAGUACGGCUCGGGCAGCUCCAGAGACUGGGCAGCUAAGGGCCCCUUCCUCCUGGGUAUUAAGGCAGUUGUGGCAGAGAGCUAUGAGCGGAUCCACCGCAGUAACCUCGUUGGGAUGGGCGUGAUUCCUCUGGAGUAUUUAGACGGAGACACCGCCGACAGCCUGGGACUGACCGGCCGGGAGCGCUACACCAUCAUCAUCCCCGAGCAGCUCACACCCCGGAUGAUAGUCGACGUCAAGCUCGACACCGGGAAAACAUUCCAAGUGCGGAUGAGAUUCGACACGGACGUGGAGCUGACCUAUUUCCGCCACGGAGGCAUCCUCAACUACAUGAUCCGCAAGAUGUCCGAAAACUAACAGGCCAAGUACAGCAGAGAGCCGGAGCAACCCGUGCCAUUCUCUAAUUCCCAGCUGCAGUCUAACAGGCAGUCAGUGUAGUGAGUUCAUGUAACAGUUUACAGAAGAAUAACGUCCAAUCGAUGUCCAAGUACGGCCAUUUACAAAGAGCUCAUUUACAGCCAGAAACACUGUUAUUUUAGCAGAUGCCAUUACAAUGUGGGUCUUACAUUUGUCUUUUAGGUCUUUAUCAGUUAUGUUUCCAUUUGUCCACUCUCUAGAGCUGUUAUGAUUCCAUCCGCUGUGCAAUGUGAGUAAUACUAUGUAGUAGAUUAUCCUGUCAACCACAAGUGAUUC